AGUUAACACUGGCAUUGAUUGUAUAUCGUCAAGGGUUGAAAAGCUCGGGUUUGAGCUCAACCCAGACUUACAACUUCACCACCACAAGACGCAGCACCGACUCAGGCCCACACGGGCAGCUCGGCGCCAGCCUCGAGCACCAAGAAGAUGGACAACGCAAUGGAGAUUGACACUCCCAACGAUACCGCAGCGGGAGAAGGCGAAGGGAGAGAGAAGGCAACAACGACAACAGCCAAGAGGAAGGCGCACCCAACACCUAACCCAGACCCCCGAGCGAGGGCCCCUAACCGGACGCGCACCCUCGCGACCCUCACCAUCAAGAAUCCGCCCUGGUCGUACGCCCACCUAACUCUCGCCAACCCCUCCCGCAUCGUGGAGGCGACAUCAACAUCGACAACGACAUCGACAUCGACAACAGAAGCGGCAAAGACAACGGCUGCCAUUCCUGAAGCAACCCCGGCCCUGGACAUGCUCGAGAUCCGGGCGUAUCUGACAGCCGCGCUGCGGCAGUUCCUGGGGGACACGGGCGCGGCGAUCCCCGUCGACAUCCUGGCGGUAGGUGGGGGCGACAGCAGCGGCGACGGCGACGGCGACGGCGACGGCGUGUGGGUGCGGGUGCCACGGCAGGAUCUGAACCUCUUCGUGGGGGCCGUGACCGCGUUCGCGGGGCAACCUACCUCUUCGACCGUCGACAGCGGACAGGGCGGGAAAAAGGAGAGGAUGGUGUUGCGGGUCAAGGCUGCCGGGAACUGGCUGGGCAGUUUGCUUGGGCGUGGACAGGAGGGCAAGUUGUGGGCAGGUUCGGACGGACACUAGCGAUAAAGGUGGGAGUUGAUGCGAGUUGACGGCGACCUGGGUCUGUGUUUUGAUCCAUUUGCAUUUAGCUACCUAGCUAUGUGGCGCCUUGAUCUGCCAUGCCGUGGUACGGCGUAGGAUGGAGCGCCUGGUCGCAAAUUGUCUCCCCCAUUGGGCUGCGACGAGCGGAGGGCGGAAGCGCGGGCAGUUAG